AUGAAUUGGAAUCAUGAUCCAGAAGAGGAAUAUGAGUUAUUAGAAAUAAUAGGAGAGGGCGCAUAUGCAAAAGUAUACAAGGGAAGACAUAAGGAGGAUAAUUAGAUAGUGGCAAUAAAAAUAAUACCGAUGGUUGACGAAGUGGAGAAUUUAGUAUAGGAAAUAAAGAUUUUGAAAGUAUGAUUUGUCUAAUAAGGAUUGUUAACAUGUUAACAUAGUGUAGUUUUUGAAAUCUUAUUAUAAAGAUAAUAAUCUAUGGUUAAUAAUGGAAUAUUGUGCUGUAGGAUCUGUAUUAGGAUUGAUGGAAGUAAUGGAGAGAGGAUUAAGUUAAGAAGAGAUUAGUGCAAUAAUGUAUUCAACAUUAUUAGGAAUUGAAUAUCUUCAUUAAAAUAAGAAAAUACAUAGAGAUAUAAAGGCAGGAAACAUUUUACUUGAUCAUAAAGGUUAAGUAAAGUUAGCAGAUUUUGGAGUUGCAGCACAAUUAACAUAUUCAUGCGCAGAUAAAGUAAUAUGUUAGGUAUAUAUUUAGGGUACAUUUAUAGGAACUCCGUUUUGGAUGAGUCCUGAAGUAAUAAGUAAGUCUCGUUAUAAUUAAUUAACUGACAUAUGGUCUUUAGGUGUUACUGCUAUUGAAUUAGCUGAAGGAACUCCUCCAUAUUCUCAUAUACAUCCUGUUAGAGCUAUGUUUGCUAUUAAAAGUAAUCCACCUGUUGGACUUACUAAACCUGAAUUAUGGUCUAAAGAAUUUAAUUAAUUUGUCAAAGCUUGUUUAAGAGUUGAAGUUAAUGAAAGACCUGCUGCAUCAUAAUUAUUAUAAUAUACUUUUAUUAAAUAAGGAAAAUAACAUCUUAAAAAAUUAUUUAAUCUAGUUGAAUUAUAUUCUUAAAAAAUUGAAGAAGUCAGAUUGAAUAAAUUAAAAAAAAAUAACAACAUUUUAUUAUAAUCUAUUAAAGAUUAAACACCAUUAACAAUCAUUUCUAAUUGUGAAGAAAUUGAUGAUGAUAUUUCUCAAGCUGAUUUUGGUACUCUUGUUAUUAAAGAUUAAAUGAUUUAACCUAAAGAUGAACCUGAUUUCUUAAAAUGGAAUAAAUUAGAUUAAUAAAUAAAUGAUCAUUCCAAAAAAAAAAUUGAACAUUCUAAAGAUCUUAGUCUAGAAGCUUUAAUUAUUAAUAUGAAUUUAGAAGAAAAAAAAAAACUUAAAAUUUAAAUCGAAGCUUAAAUGAAUGAAGAAUUAGAAUUAAUUAAAAAAAAAUAUAAUUCCAAAUUAGAUUUACUCAAUUUUAAAAUCAAAGAAGAAGAAGAUAAAAAAAAAUAACCUUUAAAUUUACCAUUCAGUUUCUAAGUUAGUUAAGAAGUAUUACAAUAAUUGGCUAAUGUUAAAACUCCAUUAAUUAAAUCAUAAUAAGUUAAAUCACCUAAACCGCCUCCUUUUGAAUUUAUACCUAAAUAGAAAUUAUGA